AUGCGGUCUACAGCAAUUCUCGCCUCCGUCGGUACAGCGUCGGCAUCUGCCGUUAUUCCACAGGCCAUCCCCGUCCUACCUCGCACCGUACCGCAAAGCUACGACUUCAAUCUCACGGCCUUCACACACAGUCACAGCCGUGGUCGGGUACACACGCUUGCAGAUGGCCAGCUCAGGCUCGGCGAUGGCAGCAUUCCCCUAGCCAACUUUACCUUUACACCUGAGAUUGGAAUUGUUGACAGUAAACGUCGUGGCUGUAUCUCAACACCAGGCCCAACGAACCAGUUCCAGUGCGAUGAGGGAGUGAAGCCGAUGCCGGACUUUGACAUUAGCUGCGACAAUCAGCUCUUGUUCAACAGCUCUCCGCACUUCUGGGCUUGUAGGGUGAACGACAAGGGUGUCGAGAACAUAUACACUGAACCAGUGCCUCAACAGCUGUGGUGCGUGUACAUCCAACUUUUUGCCUGGUCCAGCCCCAAGAUAUCCAACCGAACCGGCUGCAAAGAGGACAAGGGUACAGAUCACGUACCCUGGAUAUUCCCCUGGGACAGAUUCUACAAUAACUCCCCAGCUGUUCAACCGAACACCCCAGAGGGCGCUCGUCAAAUGGCCAGCUACCUCGAGGACAGCAAGCACGCCUCGUCCAAUGCAACCAUAGGCAGACCCAAGGCAGAGCACGGAAUACAGUCUCCAGACGGACGCUGCGGUUCACCAACCGGCUUCAACUGCUUCGGAAAGAUCGAUGGGCCCUGCUGCAGCUCUCAUGGAUGGUGCGGUUUCUCUGCAUCUCAUUGCGGUGCUGGAUGCCAGGGUGACUUCGGUAUCUGCGAUGACGAAUCCUCUGAAAAAGCCUCUUAUGGCACAUCAACUUCAAGUAAGAUGGCCAGCAAAGCUUCACCUAUUAGUAAGGCGCUCAACAGCACCUCCAGCAAGGCACCCAGCAAGACUUCUUCUACCGGCAAGGCGACCAACAGUGCUACACGCACUGCAGAUAAUAACGGCACAUAUUCUCCUGCACCGGACUGCAACGAUCCGGCCAAUACGGAGAAGUGCGGAAACAGUUACCUUGCUUACGGCUGUCCGCACGACCUGGAGGGCACCUUCGAGUCCCCUCGACUUAUGGCUACGGUGAGCAAAGUGGACCCCGAAAAAGCACUUGGCAACAGAAUGGAUGGACAUAUCGGCAAUGCGCAGUGUUCGCUGUACAACUUCGAUGUUGGUCCUGGCAACGCAGGCCAGAAGUGCUCGUUAGUCUGGCUCUUCCCCGAGGAGAGGUAUACGGAUAACUCGACGUUUUUCGUUACCUCGCCGAAAAAAACCCCAGUGAUGGAAUUCUGGCAUGUGCGCCAGCCUGCAAGCGACGGGAUGACCUGGUGA